UCUAUAUCUGCCUUCAUUUUGGAUUUUCAACGAAAGCGCGUGGACUUAUAUUUUUCCACGACUGCAUGUUGGAAUAAAAAAAGUUAAUUUUUAAAAGUGUUGAAUUAAAAAAAAUAAAUAAAAUUUAUUAAAAGUGUAAUUAAUUAAAAGAAAAACACAAAAAUGUUUGUGCUUUAUGAAACGCCGGCGGGCUACGCAAUUUUCAAAUUAAUGGAUGAGAAGAAAAUGCAAGAAGUAGAUAACCUAUAUUUGGAAUUCCAAACGCCCGAAAAAGCCAACAAAUUGUUAAAACUGAAGCAUUUUGAAAAAUUCAACGACACUACAGAAGCUUUGGCCGCUGCCACUGCAGCCGUGGAGGGCAAAGUCUCAAAACCAUUGAAGAAGACUUUGAAGAAGUUGCUCGGCGAUGAAGUACAGGAAUCAUUGUUGGUCGCCGAUGCCAAGUUAGGUAAUGCCAUCAAAGAUAAGUUGUCUGUGCAAUGUGUCUACAAUACUGGAGUCCAAGAACUGAUGAGAUGUAUUAGACAACAAGCCGAUAGUCUUUUGGGUGGAUUACCUAAAAAGGAAAUGACCGCUAUGGCCCUAGGUUUGGCUCAUUCACUGUCACGCUAUAAGUUGAAAUUUUCACCUGAUAAAAUUGAUACUAUGAUUGUGCAGGCACAAUGUUUGUUGGAUGAUUUGGAUAAGGAAUUAAACAACUACAUGAUGAGAGCACGUGAAUGGUACGGAUGGCAUUUUCCCGAGUUGGGUAAGAUUAUAACAGAUAAUAUAGCCUUCGCAAAAACUAUUAAACUCGUGGGUACCAGAGAUAACAUGGCGGCCGCCGAUUUGUCUGACAUUUUACCCGAAGAUGUAGAGGAGAAAGUCAAAGAAGCUGCUGAAAUUUCUAUGGGUACUGAAAUUUCCGAAGAAGAUAUUAUGAAUAUUCAAUGUUUGUGUGAUGAAAUUUUAUCCAUUAAUGACUACCGAACACAUUUGUAUGACUACCUCAAGACACGUAUGAUGGCUAUGGCACCAAAUCUAACAGUUUUGGUUGGUGAAACUGUAGGAGCCCGCUUAAUUGCUCAUGCUGGUUCUUUAAUAAAUCUCGCCAAACACCCCUCAUCGACUGUACAAAUUCUCGGUGCUGAAAAGGCUUUGUUCCGUGCUCUUAAGACUAAGAAAGACACACCUAAGUAUGGUUUAAUCUUCAACGCUCAGCUAGUCGGUCAAGCCAGUUUAAAGAACAAAGGAAAAAUGUCACGUUCUCUUGCUGCUAAAGCAUCGCUGGCGACACGUGUUGACGCUUUUGGUGAAGAAGCCACCUUCGAAUUGGGUGCUGCCCAUAAAGUCAAAUUGGAAUCUAGACUGCGAUUACUCGAAGAAGGAAACCUACGCAAACUUUCGGGAACUGGCAAAGCUAAAGCUAAAUUUGAGAAAUAUCAAGCUAAAAGCGAGGUAUUUACUUAUCAACCUGAGGCUGACAGUACUCUAUCUGUGAAGAAACGAAAACACUCUGAAUCGGCGGCUGACGUUUCCACCCCAGUUAAGAAGGAAAAGGUUGAAGAGGUACAAGAACAGGUAGAAGAAACACCCACUACUUCCGAAAAGAAAAAGAAGAAGAAGAAGAAUAAAAAUAAGGACCAAGAAGCCCCAGAAGCACCCACAGAAGAAACGCCCGCUAAGAAAAAAUCAAAAAAAGUUAAAGAAGAAACUGUUGAUUCAGAUUAAAUAGAAUUAGAGUUUCACUAAUUUAACUUUAAACCACUGUUAGCCAUUAGUGUUUUUAUUUUAAUAUACAACUUCCCGUAGCUUUAAGUUAUUGAGUCUUUUUUUUUUAUUAAUCCUAUUAUACAUUAAGUUAAUGUAUUAUUUUUAUAAAUAUACAUACAAUUGUAAAAAAACCACACAAGUUGAAAAAAAGAAAAUAUAAAAAUGUAACCAUA